GUUGUCACCACAUGGGCAGCCGGAAGAAGAGACCAACGUGGUUUGUGGCGAGCUGCGCGACGGUGUUGUUUUCGCUUUACACUCGAUGUCUCGUUUAAUUCUUUAGUCGAAAUGACUGAAUGUAAAGCAGAAGUGGCUCCAGCGCCGGCCAAAGAACUGCUGGCUUUGAACCCCAAACAGGAGUCCGAGUUCAAGAAGAAGGUGCAGGAGGCGAAGAAGAAGAAAUCCAGAACGGGGAACCGUUUGGCACCUGGAGUGAUUUAUGUCGGUCACCUGCCACUCGGGCUGUUUGAACCACAACUCAAAUCUUACUUUGAGCAGUUUGGGAAAGUCCUAAGGCUGCGGCUGUCGAGGAGUAAAAAGACAGGCGGCAGUAAAGGCUACGCUUUUGUCGAGUUUGAUUGCGAUGAAGUUGCCAAAAUUGUUGCAGAGACGAUGAACAAUUACCUUAUGGGAGAGAGACUCAUCAAAUGUCACGUGAUUCCACCAGAGAAGGUGCACGAGAAGCUUUUUGUUGGCUGCCAAAGGGAAUUUAAAAAGCCCUCGUAUCCUGCUGUAGCGCGCUACAACAAGAAACGCACGGCAGAGCAGAUCACCAAGAUGAAAGACAAACUCGUGCGGAAGGAAUGGAAGCUCCGCAAGAGACUCGCAGCUCAGGGCAUCGACUACGACUUCCCUGGAUUUGCUGCCCAGGUGCCUCCGAAGAAGAAGUCGUCUGAUCCCAUGAAUGCGUCGACGUGUAGCGAAGACGCCACACCAGUCUGCACCCCGUCCCUGCUGGAGAGGAGGAAGUCCAUGGUCAUAGACGAUGAUGCAGAUAAUGAAAUUGUCAUUAAGAUGCCAACGGUAGAGAAAGAAGAAGAGGGCUCCUCGGAGGAGGAGGAGGAAGCUGGAGACAAUGAAGAGGAUGAGGAGGAGAGUGAGGAACCUUCUGAGGAGGAGGCCGAGUGAAAGGUCCUCGCUGUUUUAUUGUGGACUUGGUGAUCUGACUGUCAGAGCACAGACGUGUGCAUCGGGAUCACGUUUAGUCUUUGAUUUGCUUUGAGAGCCACAGGACAAGUUUGAACUGAGUUCAGAAAUCACGGUGUUUCUGUCAGCCAUUUGUCUUUCUGUAUUUCAAAAACAAGUAUAAUGGGCAGUUGUGAGUACCGUGCACGGUGCUUUUGACAUGGUCACAGUAAGCUGGAUUUAUGGGCAACAGCUGUGCUUGAACUUCUUUGACCCGACGGCAAAAUGUCUGUCUCAGAGCAGGCUGUUUCCUGUGCCGUAAGGCCUGUAGUGUUGAUCCCAAACAGACCGAGACAUUUGUUUUAUAGCUACGCUUGUCUAAAUACGUGGUUGUAUUUGUAUUAUGUAAACUAUGAUCUAUAAAAAUAAAUGAUGUGAGAAUGA